AUGUAUUUCUCAAUAGGGUGGCCGCGGGUGCUAAAUAAUGGUCCACACCGCAGUAUCCAGAAAGUUGUGUGCGAUCGUGUCAAGAUUCUCUUUGCGGUUCUGGCCGAAGAUGCCAUUUCUAUAUGGUAUUCAAAGCCUUGUGUUCCAAUUACAACAAAAGUACGAAAUUUCGAAUGUUUGGAAAAGUACGGUUUCAAUACCAAUGUGGAAUGGAAGCCGGAUUCCAGCAUGAUUCUAGUAACUACGGCAGGUGGAUCUUUGUUCAUGUACACGCUCAUUGUGAAUGAUACUCCAAAAGGAGUUUAUAACCAGAAUGAUUCUCCUUUCACUAAUCUACGUCGAGAUAGUGCAGAGCUGUUUUUAAAAGAAAACAUUCCCUGCUUAAAGCUGUCACUAACGCACCGGAUAUGUCUGUACGCUCCAAUAUGUUGCAUUUCGUGCAUUAACGUGAAUCAAAUUGUGAUUGCAACUGAAGAGGGUCGCAUCGUCCGUCUUAACUGGGAGGGCGCAGAGGAACGUGAUUAUGCUCUCGACCUGAAACGAAUCCCAUUUAGUGUUAAUCAACAAGUUAGUUAUGCUGUUCCGAUUUUGGAUAAAAAUGUGUUUGUUGCGUCAAUUGAUUAUUCGCCCCUUCUUUGCGGAUUUGGAAUAACGUUGAAUGAUGGGCGUGCCGCCUUCCUCACGGCAAACAAUACAAAAUUCGAUCCUAACCAAGUACAAGGAAUCUGGUGCCAAAACGUGGAUGAUGCAACGUGUACCGUCAUUAAUCACAAAUAUCGCUUGAUUGCAUACGGGAGAAGAAAUUCCCAAACAAAUAUGUACGUCAUCGAUGAUCUGACCGGUGGAUUGGAAUUGUCGCAUAAGUUGUCGCUUAGUGCGAAGGAUUUUCCUGGAUCGCCGGGCUACGUACGAGACAUGAAAUGGACUCCCGAUGGGUGUGCCAUUAUCGUUGCAUGGGCAAAUGGUGGCAUAUCACUGUGGAGCACGUUUGGUUCACUAUUGCUUUGCUCCCUUGCUUGGGAUUAUGGAUUGCAUGUGGAUUUAGCCAAAAAUGAUCCUUUCAACGUCAUUAGCAUGGAUUGGUCAACUGAAGGAUACCAGUUGCUUAUGGUACGGCAGAUUAACGAAAAAACUGGUGUCUUAGCAAAUGGAACGAACGAUGAGAAAGCCAACGCCACAAUGGACCCUUCGACAGGUGAAGCAUCCAACGUUCCAGUACCUAUGCCAACUACCCUACUUGUUCAACUAGAUUUUGUUAAAAGCAUUCUAACGAUCAACCCAUGCAUGAGCAACAACUCAUUUCUGCUGCUUCAAGGAGAUGACAAAUUGUACAUCAAUCAUGGAGACGUAUUGCAAAAUGUAUAUCCUGCACAUAAAUCUACUUAUGAUGCAACCGAUGGAAAUAACGUUUACUCCAACAAAGCAGAUAGGUUGAGCAAAGAAUCAACAUACACACCCUCAGGAGAUCCCGAUCCAGUGAAUGCCGCCAGCGAUAACUACCUGAAAUUUAACAGUGUUUUGUCAGAAAGCAAACAUUGGGUCAUCUUGAAUCUCCCUACAGAUUAUAUUUCUUCCAAUUGGCCGAUUCGGUAUAGUGCCAUAGACAGUUCCGGCAUGAAUGUUGCCGUUGCGGGACGUACCGGUGUGGCGCUGUAUUCGUUCAAUACCAGAAAAUGGAAACUCUUUGGCAAUGAAACUCAGGAAAAGGAUUUUGUCAUCACUGGUGGAUUACUCUGGUGGAAAGAAUUCAUUAUAAUGGGCUGCUAUUCCCUCAUUGGAUUUCAUGAUGAGUUACGCAUCUACUCCAAGGAAAAUAAGCUGGACAACCGGUUUGCAGUAAUUACGAAAAGUGCUAGCCCGGUGAUGUUGAUUAAUUUAUCGCGCGAUCAAUUGGUUGUUUUUACAUCCGACGGACAUGUUUCCGUAUUUGCCCUUGAACAAACUACCGAAGGCUACGAUGGAAGCGAUCAGCAUAGAGUGAAGCUGAUGAAGAUUCAUAUCUAUGACAUUAAAAAUGUAUGCAUUCAUCCUGCUUGUGUUAUUUCGGUGCUCAUGACGAGUUUGAAGCAUGAAAGUGUAGGACCAGGAGGCAUGAUGAGACCAAACAACUACGAAAAUUCUCUCUCGGAGACGCUCAUUAUGAACGUGUCUGGUCGUGUGCUCAUGGUUCAAACAGACCAUCAGCAACAACACCACAGUCAUCAUGGUAACAGUAGUGCCAACAGUCAACUGACAUCAUCGUGUUUGGCUUCGUCAGUCGAAUGUAUCUGGGUGUCCGAGUCCAGCAAGACACACAUUAAAGAAUCUCUUUGGCUCUAUUGCGGUGGAUAUGGCAUGCGCGUUUGGUUGCCGGUAUUUCCGCGCACAGGCGAAACCGGAUCUCGUAGCCUUCGGCAUACGUUCAUGAGCAAGAGAAUAAUGCUAUCGUUUACAUUGAAAAUAUACCCGUUGGUAAUAUUGUUUGAGGACGCCAUCAUACUUGGAGCGGAAAAUGAUACACUACUCUAUACGAGCGAUCCGUUGGUUUAUUUUUCAUUGCCGUACAAUGCGCUUAAGCGCACGAGUCAAGUGUACUUGCAUCAAAUAUUGCGCCAACUUAUUCGCCGUAAUCUUGGGUAUAAUGCAUGGGAAAUUGCACGUUGUUGUACCGAUUUGCCCUACUUUCCGCAUUCCUUGGAGUUGUUGCUGCAUGAAGUGCUCGAGGAAGAAGCGACCAGCAAAGAACCCAUCCCUGAUGCGCUACUUCCGAGCGUGCUAGAAUUCAUUCAGGAAUUUCCCGUCUAUCUGCAGACCGUUGUACAAUGCGCACGCAAGACGGAGAUCGCCCUUUGGCCGUAUCUGUUUUCGAGCGCUGGCAAGCCUAAAGAGCUGUUUCAAAAGUGUAUGGCCGCCCGGCAAUUGCAUACAGCAGCGAGUUAUUUGAUUAUUUUACAGAAUCUUGAACCAUCAUCCGUGAGCAGGCAGUAUGCGACGCUUUUGCUCGAUACGGCACUCGAACAGCAGGACUGGCCAUUGGCAAAAGAUUUGGUACGUUUUCUUCGAGCAAUUGAUCCCAAUGAUGUCGAAUCACCGCGCUCGUCGUACAUAUUUGGGAACAAGUUCGGAGGAAUUAUUACUGCUGGUCCUCCGGCUCCGAAUGCGGAAGAUUUGAGCCUUAUUCUCGGUAGUAGCAUGGCGAGAGGACGUAGCUUUUCCACUACCAUUCCUUACCCAAAAUCAAGUGACGGCACUGCGACAGUAGUAAAUAAGGAAAUGAACAUCAUGUUCAACAGUCCAACUCCUGCUGCAGUGCAGCAAGGUAAUGGCGUAUCGAACCAAAACAAUGAAUCCGCAGAUCGUCAGAUUCUACGACGCAAAAAAAGUGUGCCAAAUACUCUUAAAGAAUGUGACUCCUCGACGGCAGAAGAAUUUUUCAUCGAUGUGGUGCUGCAAAGACAUGCAAGAAGGUUCUUGCAGCUACGUAAACUAGAAGAUCUUGGAUACAUGAGUGCUACUCUCGAUUUUCAUCUCGUCGGUUGGCUUAAUCGCGAAAAAGAUCGUGCAGCUCGGAUAGAGGACUUUGUGUGUGCCUUGAAGACACUGCAUGAUGAACUCGAUUGGCCGAAACCGUGCCUCGAUUUGACACUGCUACCAAGCCCGCUUGGGUCGGCUCAUUUGCAUACCGAAUCGUCAUCAUCGCCUUUCUCGAAUCAAUCAAAUACAUCUCCCAUGUCCGAGUUGACAACGCGGUGCACGGUUGAUUCUGGGUAUACUAGUUUGUCAUUCGCUUUCCCGUCGACGUUAACCAGUGCCCCAACCAGGCUUGUGGGAGUCGACGAAAUGCAGAGUGAUCGGCAGAGAUCACAAGAACAGACCCUUAUGCAUCAACGGCAUGAUAGGGCGAUUGGUGAACCGCUUGGUAUGGUGGAGACUACUGCGGAGGCAAAUUUGAUGCCACUUAACGACACGGCAAGCGUACGCUCCGAGGCUGCUCAACCAAACUGGCCAGAUGAAAUUACGACCGCGUGUGGAGGCAAUGGGAUGAUGAGCUUGACGCUUGGCGAGCAAAGCUUUAACCAAGCUAUAGAGGAAAACAUUUCCAAAAAGACCAAAUCGAACAGACGCAAGCAACACAAGCUGGAAAUACGAAUGCGUUAUUUGCUGCAGAUUUUUUCUGAAGCAAACUGCUAUGAAUUUGCGCUAUUACUAUCUGUUCUGCUACUCGAUGUGGCGUCGGUGGGAAGGAUAACGAACGCUGCAAUACGAUCGAAAUCUCUUGUUGUUUGCAGGCAGCUUCGCAAUGGGCUAAAAGAUAUGACACGAUGGAGUUUCAACGAAUGCCUUGCAUACCGUCCGUUUAUGAUCGCAUUGCAGCCGCAACUGGCGGUAUUGGAUAAGUUUGUUAUACAGCAGGAAGCUAUUCCAUCGUUGAUGCACACGUCGACCGUUUCCGGCAUAGCUACCUUAUCACCGCUCGUCUUGGCGACCCCACAUUCUUUCCGAGAUUCCGAUGCCCCACCCACUGGAGGCUCGAGCACUGGAGGAAAAAACGCAAUUCAAACUCAAUUAGGUGACUCGAGGAACGUCGCAAACUGUAGUGUAAAUGGUCGCCACAACUCGGGCGGGACACUCGGGAGCAGUGUGGCUCUUUCGGGUGGUAGUGGCGCUGUUAUGAGCAGGAAUAGUCGUGUCAUCGGCGAUGGUGAAACGAGCAUACGUAGAGAAAGUAUUUCGCGAGAUUCCCUUGGUCCAAAGUAUACGACAGGUGGUCACACGUUUGCGAGGUCGGUGUCGGAUUUGGAAGUGGCCAACAUAAGAAAGAUAGCGCAAGGCAAACCUGUUUCCGAUAGUCGUUCGGUUGUAUCUGCCGUUAUUACUGAGGAACCAGAAAGAACGUGCAAUGUGAUGUAAAAUGUACUCAAAAAUAGGAGAAAAAGAAAGCACGGGUGCUUUUAGAAAAUAAUAUACAACUUAAGGGUAAUGAUCCAUAGGCGAAAAGAUAUUUAAUAUGUUACUAGCCCAAUUUCUCGUGUCGUAACUAUACCACGGUUACUAGUUCCGUCCAUUGGCGGUGCAAUUGGAAAUUCUGUCGUACUGUUAUUGAAUAGGAAGUAAAAUUAACUUUUAUCAAGUAAAAUACCAUAUACCUUUCAAGGGAUAUUCUACUUGAGAAAAUCGUCAAAAACGAUUAUAAAAUAUUUGUUAAUUUUCAAAACUGAAUUAACAAACUAACCUCCAAAAGAGUAAUUUGUUAACAACAGCCAGCGCGAGACAGUUAUGUCCACAGUGGUACUGCUACGAUUGCUCUCGUCACAUAGGCAACCUGUUUUCCAGAAUUAAAAAUAAAUUUCAUAUUAAUUGCAUCAAUAAGACAUUUUAGCCAUUGUCGCCGGCGUAUUAAAAAAACAAUACUGAUUUAAUAUUAAUAAAAUUGUUGUAAUUUGU